GGUUUUGAAUUACCGAUUCUUUGCUUUGUCCUUUCCUACAAAAAAGCUUUGUCGUCUCCAUUCCAUGUCAACUGAAAAGUCCCCUAUAAUAGAAGCUAUCACGUGUUUUCUGGUAGAGGCAAAAGAAAAAGGAGAACACUGUGUCAAAGUCCAAGAAAUCGUGGACAACUUCCAAAAUGACAUUGUUUCUGACUGUCGCGUGGCGGAUGUCAUUUCUGUGAAAGCAAGUUGGAUCCGAAACAUCAGUAGAGCGGCCGAAUCACUUGGACUUACUGUGGCAAGUGCCAACAACUUUUCAUGCCUUUGCGAUAAAGCCAAAGUGUCCUGGAAAUCUAUUGAACGACUAUCGAAAGACACGCAUAAUGCUACAUCAUCCAAUCAAAACACGAACAUACGACCAGAACAAGAAGCAAACGCAUCAGCAUCACCAACACCCGCACCCGCACCGUCCUCGUCAAGCGCAUUAGCAUCACCGACACCAGCACCGUCCUCGUCCUCGCUGCCGUCGUCGUCAAACUCAUUGCCUUCCUUGAAAACAGAAAUUAGCCCAGGCGACAAAGCCAACCUGCAACACGGAUUUGCAGCAUUCAAAAGAAAACAUCAAAACGACUUUUGGAUUUUAAAUGCGACAAGAGAAAGAGCAAGAGACCAAAACAUCGAACCACUUUCCGUAGAAGAGAAAGUCAUGGAUUUCGCUUUGAGUUGUGAAUUCUACCAUCCUUCUCAAUCUCUUAUUGUCGAUCUUGGCGAUAGUAACUGGUUACGAGUGUUUACUGAAGAAGAAUUGGAUGAAUUGCGUGAGGCUGGUGAUGAUAUGGAUUUCUCGGCACCAAAAGAGCUCGAACAGAAUUUCCAAGAAAUCCUGAAAUUGAAGGAUAGCACCGAGCUAUUCAAUUACGCAAGAAGCAUCCCAAUCGUUGAUCCGUCCAAAGAAACACUUAAAGUGUGGCUAUCCAUUGAACUUCAAAACAUUGCCCAAUUGUUUCUGGAAACCGGCUCAUUCGAUGUUAGUACCAUGAUGGAAACAGACCAACUGCAUCUGGUGUUUGGAUUUCUUUCUUCUGUCGUUCGAAGAUCUGACAUUGUGGUAAAGGGUACCGAGGGAUCGAGCGAAGCAAAUGCAGAUGCCCUAAACAACGAUCGCCAACUAUCAUCCGUAAAACCAAUCGCAAAGAGAAAAAUGGGUAGACGUGGUGAUCUUAUCUUCGAAUCGGGCAAGCUGGAACUUGGUUGCACAGAAAUUGGUGCUGCAAAAGAUCAAACGAAAGAGAUGCGCGAUAGCCUUUUAAAGUUGCCAAUUGUUUUGCGCGACAUGUUGUUGUUGGCUACGUUUUCACCUUCGCUAUUGCAUAAGUGCCAUGUCGUCGGUUACAGCAUUUCAGGUGGCUCUGUCUCAUUAAUGGAUGUUGACAUCCCCAAGGGUUUCGUUACCAGAGUCAGGAGAACGGAACAACUCGAUUUUCCAGAAAAUAACAAAACCUUGAUGACGAGAAUUCUGCCACUCUUGAAUCUUGCUUGCGUGGGUAAAAAGAUAAUGGAAAAAACUCUUGAUAUCACUAGUAGUACCAUGCGACCUCUAUCAUUAUCGUCGCCGGGAAAAAAUCAUUGGUGCCUUCCACCCAAUUUCGUUCCAUCACCAAAGUCACCACAAAAGCGACAACGCACUGACUAGCAAGACACCACCACCAUCUUUCUUCACCGUUGAGCCUACUCCAAGUGAAUAUUUUCUUUACCACGCAACCAGCAUCAAAACAAUCUUCUCAGCGUCGACACUGUACUUUUUUUUUCCAUCAUCCAAGCCCGCUACUAUGAGCAUGUAACAAUCUUUUUUUUCAACUUCAAGCCUUUAUCCAAUUUUAUCAACAACAAAUCAGUAUCAUUUUUACCAUUCGAUAUGUAUCAUAUUUUUUUUUACCGCCGAACCUUUACCAUCCAGUGCAAUCUGUAAUGAUUUUUCACUAGCAUCUUUCUAUCCGAUCCACACUUUUCAUAUCUCUCCUCUCCAAGCUAUUUUUACUAGUCACAUAUCCACUAUUAUAAUUCUCUUCGAUAAAUUCUGAAAAUAUUUCUCUAACAUAUAUAAUAAAAUGACCAACGAUAUCUUAUAUAGCUGUGC